AUGGAUUUAGAUGGAAGAGCCUAUUCUAAGAUAUUUGGAGUAAGCUACAGUGAUGUAAACUAUGAAGAAUAUAGAAGAAUAGUUGAUGCAAUAUGGCCUUUAACAAAAAGACGUGAUCACGAAACACCAGCAAUGUGGUGCUCUCGUAUUCGUGAUCCAUUUAGGAAAAUACUUGAAGAGAAUCCAAGAAUCCUUUCUAAGAAUGGAUAUACAAGUG